AUGAGGCUCACGGUCGAGCUCCUCCAGAACUCCCCCUCGUGGCUCAAUGCGCUGAAGGAGCGCGAGCUUGACCUCCGAGGACACAGAAUUCCGGCUAUUGAGAACUUGGGUGUUGCUGGUCCACAAGAUGCAAUCGACUUGGUCGACAACGACAUUCAGGUGCUGGGCAAUUUUCCCUUGAGCCCGCGAAUCCGCACACUCCUCCUCGCCCGCAACCGCAUCGGCUCGAUACAGCCUACGCUGGUGAACUCGAUCCCGCUGCUCACGAACCUGCAGCUCGAGAGCAACGACCUCAAGGAGCUGGCAGACCUCGACCCGCUGGGCACGUUCUCGCGCCUGACGCACCUGGUGUUAAAGGAUAACCCCGUCACCAAGAAGGAGCAUUACCGGUACUGGGUGCUGUGGCGCUGCGCCUUUGUGCGCUUCCUCGAUUAUCAAAAAGUCAAGCAGGCCGAGCGCGAUCGCGCCAUCGAGCUUUUCGGUACGGCCGCUGAGCCGACCGAUCUAGCCAAGACCAUUGUGGGCAUCAAGUCAAGCGCCACGUUUGACGUUUCUUCGGCCGCCAACGGCUCGACUGGUGGUCUCUCGUCUAGGAUGUCGAGGAUCAAGUUGACCGACAAGGAGAAGAAGAGGCUGCAAGAUAUGAUCAAGAACGCUACGAGUCUGGACGAGAUCACGAAACUGGAGACGAUGCUGAGGGAAGGAAGAAUGCCGGCUGGUAUUCACCUCAAUGAUGAGAUGGAGGAAUAG